AUGGAAUUCUCUACAAACCUACUAUUUAAAGUGCUUCCGUCUAUUGCAUCAUUGAUAUUAUAUUUCGUUGACACAAAAAAUGCAUACAUCGAAUCUUGUACAGAUUUUCAUAAAUCACUAACAAUGCAAAUGGAUCUUGGUUUAAAUUUCCUCUUUCUUAUCUAUUUUUUUCUUCGAUUUACUGCAUCUCAACAUAAACGUCGAUUUUGGUUUAGUUUAUAUUCUGUUGUUGAUAUAUUUACAAUCCCACCGUCAUUUGUUGCUCUAUAUCUUAAUCGAAAUUGGAUUGGUUUUCGUUUCUUACGUGCUAUUCGUAUAAUGAACAUACCUGAUAUAUUACAGUAUAUGGGUGUUAUCGAACGUCCAAGAUCAAUACGAAUUGUUCAAUUAGCAUCAAAAUUUAUUGCUGUUUGGUUUGCGGCUGCAGGAGCUGCGGAAAAUAGUGGUGAUUUCUUUUGUGGUUUUCGUAACGCUCAUGAAUUGGAUGUAUUUAAUGCAAUUUAUUUUAUGAUUGUCACAAUGACAACGGUUGGCUAUGGAGACAUAUUUUGUAAAACAUACAUUGGCAAAUUAUUUAUGCUUUUAUUUUUGAUUGGAGGUUUGGCAUUUUUUGCGACAAUGAUUCCAGAGUUUUCAAAUUUAUUUGGCUCAAAUGGACAAUAUUCCGGACGUUAUAGAACGGUUAAAGGCAAAAGACAUGUGAUUUUAUGUGGACAUGUUACUGCACAUUCAAUGACAACAUUUCUCAAAGAUUUUUUACAUAAGGAUCGUGAACAAGUUGAUGAAUUAGAUGUGGUUAUUAUUAAUAAAAAAAUACCUGAAAUUGAAAUGGAAGCCUUAUUAAAACGUUAUUAUGCAAAAGUAAAAUAUUUUGUUGGAACUGUAAUGAAUAUAACAGAUUUACAACGUGUACAAGUUGAUAAAGCAACAGCAUGUUUAAUUAUUGCUGAUAAAGAGUGUGCUGAUCCCGAUGGUGAAGAUUCGGCAAAUAUAAUGAGAGUAAUUAGUUUAAAAAAUUUUAAUCAAAGAAUUAAAGUAUUAUUACAACUUCUUCAAUAUAGUAAUAAAAUGAAUGUUGCGUCAAUACCUGGUUGGUCUGCAAAAGAUGGUGAUGAAAUUAUCUGCGUAGCUGAACUAAAACUAGGUCUAAUUGGACAAUCUUGUAUUGUACCCGGUUUUUCAACAAUGAUGACAAAUAUCUUUCGAAUGUCAGCUUAUAAAACGAAACCAUCGCAAGAACAAAUUCAAAUAUGGCCAUGGCGAGAAUUGUAUCAUCGUGGUGCCGCAAUGGAAAUGUAUCUUGAAGAAUUACCACGUUCAUUCUAUGGCAAAACAUUUACAGAAGCUGCACUAAUAUGUUUCAAAUUACGUGUAAUGUUAUUAGCAGUUGAAAUGAAACAGUUUGAUGCUGAAAAUGGUGUACAUCGAACUGUAGUUGAAGUAGCACCACAAGAUGAUUGUAUUAUUCUAUGUGGAACGAGAGCAUUUAUGGUUUGUAGUUCAAGUGAAGAUGCUAAACGAGUAAAAUAUUAUUGUUCAAUAUGUUAUUCAGAACUUGAUCAUUUAACUGAAUCACAACUUAGACGCAUGAAAAAAUGUGUUCAUGCAAGUGAAAUAGAUAAUGUUCGUGAUGAUAAAGCAUUCUCUUCUCAUCAACCACAUGAUUCAAAUUUGAAACAAGCUUUAAUGCAUUUAGUAGAGGAUGAUACACAUCGUCCACUAUUAAAUCAACAACAAUCAGAGAAUGAAAAAGGAAAUAGUAGAAAUAGCAGUAACGAAUUAUCCGGUGAUGAAAAUAUGCACAAUUUUGAUUCAACUGGAAUGUUUUAUUAUUGUUCACCACGUCGAAUUGAAGAUGUUGUAUUAAAUACAGAAACAUUACGUGAACGACGUUUGGCAUUUCGUCGACAAGGUACAUUUUUAAGAGCUCCAUUAUCAUCAACAUCAAAGAAUAAUAAUAAUAAUAAUACUGACGAAACAAAAACUACAUUUGCUCGAUUAUUACCAACUCAUCCAAUUAAUUUUCAUGAUCAUGUUGUUGUAUGUUUACAUGCCGAUUCAACAUCACCUUCAAUUGGUUUACGUAAUUUUGUUAUGCCAUUACGUGCAAGUAGUUUUAAACGAUCCGAAUUACCAACAAUUAUAUUUGUUACUAAUCUUAAAUAUAUUGAAAAUGAAUGGAAUACUCUAGCAACAUUUCCAGAUAUUUAUAUCUUAAAUGGUUCUCCAUUAAAUCCUUAUAAUUUAAAAUUAAUUAAUAUUCAAGAUUGUCGCAUGUGUGUAAUUAUGUCAACAUUAGAUCGUGAAAAUGCUGAUACUUAUUUAGUUGAUAAAUCAUCGGUGUUAUGUACUCUAAAUAUUCGACAAAUCGAAUUAAAAUCAGCACAAUUUAUGUCAACAUUUAAUAUUUUACAACCAUCAUCAUCUGAUUUUAAUCAAACGUUCCUGAAUAGAAUAAAAACCCUGACAGCACUAACUAUUGAUUCGAAUGUACAAUAUGUUGAACAAGGUAAAUAUUGUUAUAAUUCAAUUUCGAAUCAUCUAUUUACUUUCACUUAAAAAUGCUUAAAUGAGAAGAAACAAGUGGAAUGGCUCCAUGACGGAAUUACAUCAUUUUUUUUUUUUUUUUUUUUUACACAUUUUCUUUAUGAAUGGGCAAAAAUUUUAGUACGCAUAAUAAAGUAACAGCAGUAGUUUCCAUUUUAUUGAAAUACAUAUAAUUAAAUUAAAACGACCGAAAUCCUUAUUGUCUGUUACUAAAAGAGUCGCUUGUUAUCCAGGCUUAUAAACCUGAAUUAAAUUGUACUACGCACUCUGUACCUUUGAUAGUUUUUCCAGAGGGCCUUCCUAAGAGGUUCG